UAACUCUCUCAGCACCCCUCCUCCUCCCUCUUCCCUAUUCUCUCUCUCCCCCGCAUUCCCAUCUCUCUCUCUCUCUCUCUCACACAAGGAGAGAUGAGCUGCAGCGGCAGUAAAGGAGAUAUUCUCAGUGUGCUGAGCGUCUGCUUUCUGAGCUCCCCGGACUUUCAGUGUGUGUCUGUCGGUGAGCCAGCGAGAGCCCCGGACUUUCAGUGUGUGUCUGUCGGUGAGCCAGCGAGCUCCCCGGACUUUCAGUGUGUGUGAGCCGCUCUCUGCUUCACUGAGAGAGAAGGAGAGAAGGAGGAGCAGAAAAGGGGGAGUACCUGAUUCCAGUCUCGCCCGCUGUGGGCUUAGAGGAAAAGGGAGUAUCUCUUCUGGUACGAAGGCAGCAGACAGCCAAUGUGCCUCAACUAUAGGAACUAUACAACGACUGCCCUGCUGGGUGCUCUGGCUCUGCUUACUUCUACCAUGACAUAGCCUGCUCUUCUCCCAGGGAGACUAACCCACUAAGGGAACAGACAUGCACGGUGGGCACUACCAGGGAUCUAUGCUGCUGUCAGGUCCUGUUCAUCAGUGAUUUACCACGGAGGAACCAUGGUGAGCAAGGCGGAGGGAGAUAAAGGCAUGCUCACCAACUCCGAGUCGGACUCAGAGGUGGCGCCCACCCCCUCCCCUUCCGCCUCGCUGGCCCUGGAGGUCAAAUACUCCUUCCUGGACACCAGCAGCAGGUCACAGCAGCAGGUACGGAAGAGAAACAAGGCCCUCCAGGUGAGAUUCAAGGACAUCUGCGAGGCGCAGAACGAGCAGAGAGAGGCCGCUCUACAGAUGGCCGGGAAGGGGGGCAAGCCAGGCUCCUACAAGGUGGCGUACCGCAAAUACAUGACAGUACCCGCUCGGCGCUCCAUCCCCAACGUCACCAAGAGCACAGGGGUCCAGACCUCCCCGGACCUCAGGAGCCGUUACAAGACCUUUCCCAUGGAGAGGAAGAAGGGCCACAGCCACACCAAGCAAGUGGAGAGAGACAAGGGCCACAACAAUGGGUUUGUCAUCGACGUCAAGCACUCCAGAGCUGUGGACCGUUUAGGGGACAGGGGAGCCUGCGGUGGAGGAGGAGGAGGAGGAGCAGGAGGAGUACAGAGAACCAGAGCUGUGGACCGUUUAGGGGACAGGGGAGCCUGCGGUGGAGGAGGAGGAGGAGGAGCAGGAGGAGCAGGAGGAGUACAGAGAACCAGAGCUGUGGACCGUUUAGGGGACAGGGGAGCCUGCGGUGGUGGUGGAGGAGGAGGAGGAGGAGUACAGAGAACCAGAGCCUUGUUGCAUACUACGGAGUGCAUGGCUACGGUGGAGAAGCACUGUACAGACGACGUCCUCUACUCUGACUGUCUGAUGCUCACAGACGGCCCCUCUCCCUCCAACACGCCCGACUCCAACCCACAGGCCACCGACUAUCAGAUCUGCAACAUCGAAUCAAACCCACAGGCCACCGAUUACCAGAUCUGCAGCAUCGACUCCAACCCACAGGCCACCGACUACCAGAUCUGCAGCAUCGAAUCAAACCCCCUGGAAGGAUUAGAACACAGGGAACUGGACUCCUCGGACCGUCCGGCCGGUAAACGGCAGCUGCUCCACUCGGAGGAGCCAGGCUCUAGCAGGACUCUGCCGGGGGACAUGAGAGGGUCUUCCUCAGCCUCCAAGGUGACCGGCCCCAUCUCCUGGAACUCUCUGACCCAGGUGGAGUGUCUGGAGAGCCCGACAGCACGGAGCAAACGAAUGAAGGGACUGGAGCUCAAUGGACUACAGUCUCAGACUCUCCCGCGGGCCGCUGGCUGCACUACUCAGGCACAGUGUCAUGAACCGGCAACGUUCUCAUCACAGACGUUCUCGCCACAGACGCUGUCAGCCCGGACCACGGGGGAGGCGCUGGGCUGUAGGAGUAGCGGGGUCGAACCAGCGACCGUAGCGACUGCGGGGGGAGUUAACCCCGGGGGGGCCUGUAAGCAGAUAGUACCAGUACUGACUCAGAAAGGGGAGGGAGGAGAGGACGUGAAAUCACAGCUUCAGGCCAUGGAGAACCUGAUCUCCUCCAGCCAGGAGACCAUCAAGGUCCUACUGGGAGUUAUACAGGAGCUGGAGAAGGGAGAGGCCCACAGAGAGGGGUAAGGAGACUAUACUAUCACUAUCUAUCUGAUGUGUGGGUCCUACAACCUACUGGGAGUUAUACAGGAGCUGGAGAAGGGAGAGGCCCACACUACAUAGACUGGGUAGUGACGGUGAUCAGGGGACUAGUUAUACUAGUUAACAUGAGAGACUGGGUAGUGACGUUGAUCAGGGGACUAGUUAUACUAGUUAACAUGAGAGACUGGGUAGUGACGGUGAUCAGGGGACUAGUUAUACUAGUUAACAUGAGAGACUGGGUAGUGACGGUGAUCAGGGGACUAGUUAUACUAGUUAACAUGAGAGACUGGGUAGUGACGGUGAUCAGGGGACUAGUUAUACUAGUUAACAUGAGAGACUGGGUAGUGACGGUGAUCAGGGGACUAGUUAUACUAGUUAACAUGAGAGACUGGGUAGUGACGGUGAUCAGGGGACUAGUUAUACUAGUUAACAUGAGAGACUGGGUAGUGACGGUGAUCAGGGGACUAGUUAUACUAGUUAACAUGAGAGACUGGGUAGUGACGGUGAUCAGGGGACUAGUUAUACUAGUUAACAUGAGAGACUGGGUAGUGACGGUGAUCAGGGGACUAGUUAUACUAGUUAACAUGAGAGACUGGGUAGUGACGGUGAUCAGGGGACUAGUUAUACUAGUUAACAUGAGAGACUGGGUAGUGACGGUGAUCAGGGGACUAGUUAUACUAGUUAACAUGAGAGACUGGGUAGUGACGGUGAUCAGGGGACUAGUUAUACUAGUUAACAUGAGAGACUGGGUAGUGACGGUGAUCAGGGGACUAGUUAUACUAGUUAACAUGAGAGACUGGGUAGUGAUGUGUUGCUGUAAUAUGUAAGUGGAACUACU